AUGCGCACUUUGGUCCGCAAGCUGCAAAUCGAGGUCAGCCGCGCUGCGCUGCCUGUGCGCGCCACAUCGCCAUCUUGUUUCGAUCACAAGAAAUAUUCGCCCACCAUCACCGUUGGCCUCGAUAGCUUGAGAAAGACAUCCAAGAAUUUGGCGCACUCAAAGAGCGGCUCAGGCGCUCGGUGGAGCGUGCGCAAGCCGAAGCGUCUUGGUGAGGACCUUCUCAGCUCGGUUCAUCUGCCGACGGCACGACUAUCCCUCAUGAGCUGGUCUCGUGCAUCAAUCAUUUCCCCCCUCCAUCGUAGCGAAACUUUGAGCGAUGCAACUCUGCGAGAGUUCAUGAUCGAUCAUCUCAUCCGCGAAGGCCAUUACACCACGGCCAUGGCCCUGGCUGACCACAGCCAGGUCAAAGCCUUGUUAGACCAGGACACCUUUUGCCGUUUGCAGCCCGUUGUUCAGGCCCUUGAAAGCCAUAAUCUCGAGUCGGCCCUAGCUUGGUGUGCGGACCAUGCUGCCGUGCUCGAGAAAAAGCGGAGUACCUUGCCCUUUAAGCUUCAUGCCCAACGCUUUGUUCAGCUGAUUGAAAACGAGGACCUCGCCCAAGCCGUCGAGUAUGCUCACAAUCAUCUGGCUCCAUACGGCGAAGCACCUUUUGUGAACGAGGAGCGGUGGCAUGAUCUGGUGGACCGGUUCCGGCGCAAUGCCUUCGUCGUGCUUCAGGCCAAUACGGGACCUGCCCCUUUAACUCUGCUUGCUUCGCUCGGUCUGGCCGGCCUACACACAGCUGCUUGUGCUCCAGGCAAAUCAAGCGACUGCCCGACUUGUUCGCCCCUGUUUCAGCACUUGGCCAAGCGUUUGCCCGUGGCGCUCCAUACCCAAAGUGUGCUCGUUUGUCGGCUGAAAGGAGUGCGCAUGGAUGAAAACAAUCCACCCAUGGUUCUCCCCAACGGCAACGUUUACUCUCGAGAGUUCACGUGUAAGCUGUGUUGCGUUGUGUGUGUGUGUGUGUGUGUGUGUGUGUGUGUGUGUGUGUGUGUGUGUGUGUGUGUGUGUGUGUGUGUGUGUGUGUGUGUGUGUGUGUGUGUGUGUGUGUGUGUGUGUGUGUGUGUGUACCUUUGCAGCUGGAUCAGAGGCCUGUUGAGCGUUUUGCGACCUUUUGGAACCGAGAACAUGAGUGAUUGGGACGCUUCCGAUUUUGAGGCCGAGGCUGCCGAGGUGGAGGAGAAGCCCAAGUGGGAUGAUGAGGAGCCCGGGGCUGCCGAGCCGACGACCCAAGAGCUGGUCCCUGCUUCCAAGCCUCCUAGCAAGUAUAAUGACAUGGAUCGCGAGGAGCUUUUGCAAGUCAUCGCUCGCCUUGAGGCUCAGGGCCCGACACAGAAGAAGGCUCCCAAGAAGAAGAAACUGAAGCAAAUCCUGGCCGAGCGUGAGGCUGCCGAGGCCGCGCGCGCCGAAGAACUGGCUCAGGCCGAACAGGAAUUGACGCCCGAGGAACGCGCUGCUGCCAAAAUUGUUGAGCGCCGGCAGGUGGAAGAGUCUCACAUGGAUGCCGCAAAGGACCUUUUUGGUGGCGACGAAGAAGAGGAGGAAGUUGUGCUUUUUGAGGCCAUGCAGCCCAAGACCAAGGAGGAUUUCGAAAAGUUUGCUCGUGCCAUUGUGAAGAAGGCUCGCAAAUACGACGUCUCUCCCCACUACCUGGACUUUGUGGACGCCCUCUUCCGUGACCUUCUCGAGAAUGCUUCCUCGGAGAAAAUUCGCCAAGCCAUUAAAUCGGUCAACGUGCUGGCCAACGAGAAGGCCAAGACUGAGAAGAACAAGAAGACGAAAUCCAAGCCGAAGAAAGCGCAGAUCCAGGCCAGCCGUGGAGCGGCUUCGUCAGUGGCCGGUUUCCUUGAUGGCGAUGGUUACGGUGACGACUACGGAGAUGAUCUCGAUUUCAUGUAA